CAUAUCGAGCUGAAGCGGUUACGUCAAAGGUGUGCUCUUCCGUUUGCGCGACGACUCCUCUUAUACAAGUGCGGUCCUCGAUCUUGUCUCUUCCCUCCUCACAACCUUCACAAUGUUUCUUACGAUCUUCCUUACGCCAUAUACCCUCAUCCUUCUCCCAGUCCUCUACUACAUUCUGCCUUAUAUUCGCAAUUGGCAGAUCAAGGACGUCCCUGCACCUUUUCCGGCAGCCUUCACAAACCUAUGGCUCCUCCUCCAAGCCCGUCAAGGAAAGCGGUAUCUAGCUGUCGACGAUGCGCACAAGAGACUCGGAAAGAUGGUUAGGAUUCAACCGCACCAUGUUAGCAUCGCAGACGCCGAUGCGAUCCCCAUCAUCUACGGCCACGGCAACGGCAUGCUGAAGAGCGAAUACUACGACGCCUUCGUUUCGAUCCGCCGCGGCCUCUUCAACACCCGCGACCGUGCCGAGCACACUCGCAAGCGCAAGACUGUUUCGCACACUUUCUCGGCCAAGUCAGUCCUCCAAUUCGAACAAUACAUCCACCACAAUCUCGAGGAGCUGCAGAAUCAAUGGGACAAGCGCGCGGCCUCCAAGCAGGGCGGCUGGUACCAGAUGGACGCCCUGAACUGGUUCAACUACCUGGCUUUCGACGUCAUUGGCGAUCUGGCGUUCGGUGCCCCAUUUGGCAUGCUCGUAAAAGGGAAGGAUGUCGCUGAGGUUAGGAAGACGCCUGAUGCUGAGCCUACAUUUGCGCCUGCUAUUGAGGUCCUGAACCGCAGGGGCGAAGUCUCUGGAACCGUUGGCAUCCUCCCGCAAAUCAAGCCCUACGCAAAGUACUUCCCGGAUCCCUUCUUCAGCCAGGGCAUGAAAGCCAUCGAGAACCUCGCCGGCAUCGCCGUCGCCCGUGUAAACGAGCGCCUCGCCCGACCAGACACCGACCGCGUCGACCUGCUCGCGCGCCUCAUGGAAGGCCGCGACGAGAGCGGCAACAAGCUGGGCCGCGAGGAGCUCACCGCCGAGGCACUCACCCAGCUCAUUGCCGGCUCCGACACGACCUCGAACACGUCCUGCGCCCUGCUAUUCCACUGCCUGCAGCACCCGGACGUCAUCCGCAAACUGCAGCAGGAGCUCGACAACGCGCUGCCCAGCGACGACGUGCCGACGUACGCCGCGAUCAAGGAUCUGACGUACGUCGACAACGUCAUCAAGGAGACGAUGCGCAUCCACAGCACGUCCUCGCUCGGCCUGCCCCGCGUGAUUCCCCCGGGUCCCGGUCUGACGAUCAACGGCCGCCACUUCCCCCAGGGCACCGUGCUCUCUGUUCCCGCGUACACGAUUCACCACUCGAAGGAGAUCUGGGGCCCGGAUGCGGAUACGUUCCGACCAGAGCGUUGGGAGAAAGUUACCGAGAAGCAGAAAGCUGCCUUCAUUCCCUUCAGCUACGGACCCAGGGCGUGUGUUGGUAGGAACGUUGCGGAGAUGGAGCUGGCUCUCAUCGUGUGCACUGUGUUCAAGAGAUACGAGUUUGAGCUAAGGCAGGGUGAGAUGGAGACAAGAGAAGGCUUCUUGAGGAAACCAUUGGGUCUCGAAGUUGGUAUGCGCAGGAGGCAAAAGUAAAACUCGCGACUCGAGAUACGAUUAUGACCACAAGACAUAUCAUUUUUGGAAAUUCUUCUUGUAUAUGUUUCUGUAGCUAAAAUGUUCCGACGAAU